ACAGAAACCAAACCCAUAUGUUCACCCUAACACAAACAACAACAGUGUAGUGACAUACGGGUAAUAUAGGAUUUGAAAGUCUCAGUUUUGUAAUGUAUUACUGUUUCAAGGUAUAUAAAGCUAGCUAUGUGCAUAUAUUUCCCACUAUCUCUCUAGCUUCUUGUGCUUACAUUUGGAUCUUGUAUCUCUUGUGUUGAAUGUGAUGAUGAUGAGAAAACCCUAGGGAGCUCAUCACCCACAACCUAAAUUGGGCAAAGACAACCUCAUCAACAAGUAAGCAUCACAAGGGGCGCAGUUAUGUAUCGUAUUCGUUGGAUUUUUGAGCUAGAGAGAUCGUGAUUAAUUAAUUAAAGAUCGACGGAGAUUGAGAGGAUGGAAGGAGCUGAUGAGUACAUAGCAGAGAUGGAUUCUGGAAACAGUGGGAGUUUACAGUCGUCGGGCGAUGAUGAGCAAAACAUUCAUCUCACAGCCACUCCAGACCCCCGGCGUGUUGCUGUCCAGCUGCUAUUUGGAUCCCUUCGCCGCCCUGUCCAGCAGCCGCCGCGUCAUGCGGAAGAAACGCUCCCGGAGAGCACCCACCACCGUCUUAACCACGGACACCUCCAAUUUCCGAGCCAUGGUUCAGCAGUUUUAUAUGUAUAUCCAACUUCAAAAAAUGAUUUGAAUGCCUUCCCGAUCGAAUUUUGAGCUGAAAUUUGGUAUAGACAAACUAGACUUGAUGAGGAACAUGCCCAAAAAAUUUCAUCAAAAUAUUCCACCUGGAAGUUGCCCAAACAGGCUCGGCCGGACGGAGCAUCCCGUCAGGCCGGCCUGACAUGAAGACCACUCUAUAUAUAUAUAUACACACACACACACACACCAAUAUUCCGGUCAGGAAUUUCUUGACCGGAGCCCCGUCCGACCUCCUCCAUUUGGGGGCCUUCCCAGUGGUAUUUUUGCUCAAAUUGUUUGUGUAUGUUCCUCAUCAAGUCUAGUUUAUCCAUACCAAAUUUGAGCAAAAACUUCAAUCGGGAAGGUCGUCAAAUGAUUUUUGCAAGUUAACUAGUCCGGAAUAUGUAUUUUCCGGACCACUGGGAAGGCCCCCAAAUGGAGGAGGCCGGACGGGGCUCCGGUCAGGAAAUUCCGGACAGGAAUAGCUCUCUCUCUCUCUCUCUCUAUAUAUAUAUAUAUAUAUAUAUAUAUAGUAAUCUUCCGGUCAGGAAUUCAUUUGAAUGUCUUCCCGAUUGAAUUUUUAGCUGAAAUUUGGUAUGAGUAAACUAGACUUAAUGAAUAAGAUUCUCAAAAAAUUUCAUACAAAAAUUCUACCGGGAGCCACCUUUAAUGGCACGUCCGGACAGAAUCUUCUAUAUAAGGACUUAUUUGACCCCUUUUUGCAAUUUCGAGAACCAAACUGACCCUUUACUCUUUAUAUAUCACAUGGAAAAUAUACUC